AACAUGAAUCUCAGAGUCACAAACGGCAUGCGAGCGGACGCAGGUGUCGUUCUUGGGGGCUGCAGCGAUCCUAAUUGGCCCAAAAGGAGCCACCCCUCUCUCUAUUUUAUGGCAGGCUCAGCUCAGGCAAGAGGAUACAAGUGAAGAAGACCGAGCCUGCAAGGCUGCAACGACUCAUUGUCGUUGUUUAACUAAUAUUUAACAUGAGAUGAACCAUGCCAUGACGAUCUCUUAAAAGCUAACUAGGCCUAAUCUGAAUAAAUUUAAUCCCCUCUCUUCGAAUCAGACAUGGGUUUCUAAUUGUUUAAUUGGAGUCAAGAUGAUCGUGGACAGAAAUGACACGGGUUGUAUGCGUGUUCUAGGCAGGAACGAAAGCAUUGUUGAGUACAAAUGUAUGCAACUGAGAUAGAAGUGUUGGUUCUUACGUAGCGGGGGCUUGAAGAGAAGGGCAGGAAACCGGUGAAGCAGAGCAUAGGAUAGCCGCUUUAGCAGUCGAAUGAAGAAACUUCCGCGGCAAUGUCUACUGAAGUAUGAGAACUUGACGCUUCCUGGGUUUCAGGUAGUAGUGAUGGCGGCCAACGUGGGAUGCGUUCGUUGCCAGGAGAGAGUCUCGCAAGUUAUUUCAAAGAUGGACGGAGUGCAUGAGUAUACAGUAGACAUUCGGAAUAAACAAGUGAUUGUGAAGGGGGAUUUCAAGGUGCGACAUGAAUCGGUCGGCCACCAAAUCCGGAAAGAAGAAGAACAUCAAUUCCAGCACUUCUUCAGGUACUUCAGAAUCAGUUUUUUAAGCAAACACCUUGGGUCAUUGAAUUGUAUGACUCGCCAUCACGUUUUGUAUACCCAGUGAAAGACGGUACAAAUGACACUUCCCCUGAAAAACAAGAGCAAUGCACAUUCUGUGUUGCAAAUACCAACCUCUACCGCAAAUUAAUGCGCGGAAGUUUCGAAUUCAAGAUCAGUCUUUCCCACUUAGCAAUUCAUAGCAUUUGUAGUUCAAAGCGGGAACCUCGUACGAUUCACUCAAAUUACGGCU